AUGGACCUCAACAACGACCCAACUAUCCCCCUCCUCAGGGCCACCCGCGCCGCGCCCGCCUCCCCGCCCCCCUUCAAGCUCUCGGCGCCGCAGCAGUUCGCCAUCUACCUCUUCUGCGUCACCCGCCUCCUCCGCGCCCUCCUCCUCGUCGCCUGGCCCGCCCUCGGCCUCGCCAGCUUCGAGAUCCCCGCCACGGGCCCCGCCUUCAUGAUGGCCAGCCUCCUCGCCUCGCGCGACCUCGUCCUUGGCGCCCUCCUCUGGACCGCCGACCGCGGUUCGCGCCGCGAGACCAGCCGCGCCCUCCUCUUCAACCUCCUCGUUGACUCCAUGGACACCUUUAUCCUCAUCUUCUCCGCCGCCUGCGACUGGCACGACAACCGCAGCCCCUUACCCGAGAUCGUCACCGUCGCGGUACUCGCCAUCCUCGAGCAUCUUACCCUUUAUAGCAUGAGCGAGGACGACUGCCCCGAUCAAGGGCACGGCGGCAACACAUAUGUUGCUUAUGGAGGGGCGGCCAAUUAUGCCUAUGGACUGCAGGUUUCUGAGGAUAAGCAGCGCAGGGUCGAUGCCUGGCUGACGGAGCUGAGGGCCGCCGAGGAUCAGAUGCCGCCGCAGCAAUACCGCCCCGCGUCGACGAUUGUGGCCGAGUCCAAUGUGUGA